UCAAGCAACGUUCAGUCGGCGCGUACGAGCGGAGCGAGCCGGUCGUCUCCACAGAGGGUCCUCAAUUAUCCGUUUCCCCAUAAAAACAUAUUAUCAGUCUCGUUUCGCCGUGAGAAGAGAGAAAAAAAAUAAUUUUUGUUUUCCAAAAAUACAGUGCACUGUAUAUUUUCAAAAAUAUCGAGUCCCUCCACGUUUACGUUCUGCUCCGCUUGUUCUGUAUAUCGGCGCGUACCGGUCCUCGCGUGAGAAAAUCAAGUAGUGAGUUUGUGAGAAUUUUUUUUUUUUCUAAUUUUUGCAAAACCAAUAACAGUGCCAAUUCACAAUCUUCACAUCUCCAACUGGGAUAUAAUUACCAGCAGUCCAGAGAUCGGCACGAGAGUUUACCUGCGCGAGCACAAGGCGGGAAAUUCAAAUUCAAACAAAGGUGGAGAAUAUCGCGCUUGCGUUCUCAGUGGGGCUCGGUGUUGCCAUCUGGAUUGAGAGGACAGAUAGAAAAAUUGUUAAUUUUGUUUCUAACGAUCAAUCUGAUUUGGAUUGUAGAUCUCGAGGAUCGGUCUUCGAAUCGAUCGAUCUGUCAAUCGACAGUAUCGAUAAUGGGGAUUGUGAUUGACAUUGAUUUUACGAGCUCUCUCAAAUAGUCUAUAUGAGAAUUGUCCAGUAUAUAUGUAUAUAUGUAUUGGAUGAUACGAUAAACAAUCACUGCCAUAGAACGUGGAUUAUAAAUAGUCGAUGGAUCGUUGAUGAUCGUAUAAUCGAAUGUGUCCGAUAAUCGAUCGAUAAAUCGAUAGCGUCAUUUAUAGUGUGUGCUUAAUAACGAUCGACAAUGAUCAGGCAUAUAGUGUCUCGGUGUGAAUGAAGGGAUACAAUUUUUUUUUCCUUUUGAUUCUUAUCAGUUUUACCGUGAUUAAUCGCGUUUAUUGAUCUGUCGAAAGUAGCCGCGAGAUUCGAAUUAAAUUAAAGAAAUUCUUCUUUACCGACAGAGGCACUUUAACAUUCAGAAUUACUAGAGGGAAAAGAGGAAAAUUGAAUUUCGACAUUAAUUUCACGUCGUCAAAGUCAUCAUCGAUGAUACGGACGGUUUAACGAAAAUUACGACGAAAAACGAGUGUUCGCGUGUUCCGAAAGACAAUUGAAAAAUGUCGAACCUUUCGACACGCGCCGUGACGUUUGCUGCCGGCCUCGCGAUUAUACUUCUUGUUAUUCUCCUUGCGAUACUGUGGACCGGGGUGCGCAACGGAAGUGUGACAAAUCCUGUGAAAUAUCGGCACAAUGACAGCAAAACCAAUUUUCAUUACGGACACGAUCAAUUGGAUGAUUCGUCGGGCCGAACUACAGAUGGCGCGCGGAUCGUCAGACCCACGACGCUCGAGGCGCCAUCUACCACGACGGAAUCAAAUUGGAAGGAGAAAAUCGUUACGACUGCCAAUGUCGGCAAAUUUCACGAGGCAGACGACAUUACCGACCGAGUCAAAUCUACGUCUGAACUGAGGGACCAAAUUUUGCCUACUUCCAAAGGUGGUCUCGAGUACAUCCGGUUGAUGAAGAUUAGUCAGAAUCAGUACGAGGAUCCGCUGGAGGAGUACGAAACAGCCAAGAGACACCACAGCGGACACUUUCGUCAUGCAGCUGCGAAGGUCUGGGAUCCUCAUCCGCAGUAUGAAUUUUUCGCAUUCGGCCGAAAAUUCCGUCUGCUUCUCGCGCUCGACAUCAGCUUCGUCUCGCCCGACAUAAAGGUUACCCACGUCAGUGAAAAUUCAGCGAGACGGGAGCAGCCGGGUCAUCAAUUGGGCUGCUUCUACAGUGGAUCGGUAGAUGGUGACCCUGACUCCAGCGUCACUGUCAGCCUUUGUCAUGGAAUGACCGGUCACAUCAAAACGUUCAACGGAAGUUACAUCAUCAAGCCUGCCGAAAAUUGGCGUAACGAUCAGGACUCCGUUGGAUCGACGUUACAGCACGUGAUUUAUUACGAAUCGGCAACACGUUCCAGUACCAACAGCGUCGACGUACCUGACGAUCCUGACGGCGUUCGAAAUUGCGGUCUGAUCGAUUAUGAUACAGAGGAGUCACCACCAGCUCCCCUUAUCGAUGACAGUUCUGCCGAUAAGGUUUACGUCGGUGAACAUCCUCGGGCGCGCAGAUCCGUCACGAAGAAGACGUUCCUCGAUGACUCCAUAGAGGAAUACGAGGAUCAGGAUCUCUAUAGACAGUUUCUAGGAAAGAAUGAAUUACGUUUUAAUAAUCCGGAGAGGAGUCGCAAUUAUGGAAGCAUUUACUCUGAUAACCGUGGCAGAGGCAAUUGGUACCAGAGAUACACCACUACGGAAACUGACCCCGACCCGUUAGCCAGUUGGAGAUCACGCAGGGCACUCGCGCAAGAGUAUUUUAUCGAGAUACUUCUGGUGGCUGAUUUCAAGAUGGCUCAGUAUCACGGCGAGGAACUCUUCAGAUACAUAAUGGUCCUGAUGAACACGGUAUCACGUAUCUACAAGGACAAGUCGAUCGGUAAUCCAAUCAGUAUUGCUGUGACGAAUAUCAUUCACACAAACAAAACGUUUGGCAACAGAUCAGACGGAAUCGACGGUAUUGCUGCAGCACAGAUGCUCUCUGAGUUUUGUCUAUGGCAGAAGAACAACAAUCCACACGAACGGUCACCGGAGCAUCACGACGUCGCUCUGCUUCUCACCAGAGAAAAUCUUUGUCACAAUGCGAAACAGCAGCGUUGUGACACCUUGGGACUGGCUGAACUUGGAAAAAUGUGUUCGCCUCGUGCUUCGUGCGCGAUUGUUCAGGACAACGGAUUGGCAGCAGCUUUCACAAUCGCCCAUGAAAUUGGCCACGUAUUGAACAUGCCCCACGACGACGACAACAAGUGCAUCUCCCUUCGAGAUCGUUCAGGUGUUCACAAUGUGAUGUCACGGAUGCUGGAUGCGAACACCUUCCCUUGGGAAUGGUCACAGUGUUCCAGUUACUAUGUCACCGAAUUCCUGGAGUCCGGCUAUGCCAACUGUCUCCUGGACAAGCCAAGCAAAGGGAUGUCGAGUCCGGAGGGUGUGCGAUUGCCUGGUGAAGAUUAUUCUGAAAACAGACAAUGCGAACUUGUGUUUGGGCCGGGUUCUAAAAUCUGCCCAUACAUGGUGAGUGAUGUGUGCAAGAGGCUGUGGUGUACAGCACCGAUCUGGGACGACAAUCAGCAAUGUCACACACAGCACAUGCCUUGGGCAGACGGUACCGCUUGUGCCCAGGGCAAAUGGUGUCAGCGUGGUGAGUGCGUCUCCCGUAGGAACCUCAAACCCGUUCACGGGCAAUGGGGAGCCUGGGGAUAUUAUGGCGAGUGCUCAAGGAGCUGCGGUGGCGGCAUAAAGAAGAAAUAUCGUAAAUGCAACAACCCAAUACCCCAGCACAGCGGCAACUAUUGUAUCGGUGAACACGUCAAGUAUCGCAGUUGUGGUACCACCGAGUGUCCGGCUGGUACGCCAGACUUCAGGGAGCAACAGUGUUCCAGGUUCAACAACGACAGUCUGAAUAUACAGAAUUUGACCAGGAACGUCGAGUGGCACGCAAAGUAUACAAGGAUACCAGCUAAGGAAAGAUGCAAGCUGUACUGCCAAGUGGGAAGCAAUCAGUAUUAUAUGCUUCGCGACAAAGUCAUAGACGGGACACCUUGUGGGGUGAACACUUUUGACAUUUGUGUCAACGGUCACUGCAAACCUGCAGGAUGCGAUCACGUGCUGGACUCAACAGCUGAGCUUGACAUAUGCGGCGUAUGUCGCGGUGACAAUUCAACUUGUCAGAGAAUUACUGGAUCUUACAAUUCCAGUGCUUAUGGUUACACGCGUGUUACCAAAAUUCCGGCUGGUAGCAGCUACGUUGACAUACGGCAAUAUAGCAGGCCAAAUUCAAGGAACGACAGUAACUACCUGGCGCUUCGCAUCGGGGAAGGUGGGAAGUACAUUUUAAACGGGAAGUUUAUGGUGGAGAAGCGCAAGAUCAUUGUUGAUCCACAAAUUACUAUUGAGUACAGUGGACCGGAAGUUGCUGUUGAGCGACUCAACAUAUCACGACCUACGACUGUCGAUUUGAUUCUGGAGGUUCUCUCCGUGGGCAAUAUUGAUCCUCCGCAAAUAACCUAUGAAUACACUGUGCCCAAGAGGAUGCUGAACAGCUACACGUGGGUCUUGAGCAAUUGGUCCAGCUGCAAUCGUGUGUGCCAGGGUUAUAUGCAUAGGAAGGCUGAGUGUAGGAGCACCGAACAUAAGGACGUAAUGUCCGAUGAUUAUUGCCGGGCCGAGGAGAAGCCCCAGGAAGAGACUCAGCUUUGUAACAGACACUGCAAGCUUGAGUGGCAAGUCAUUUCAACAUCAGAAUGCUCCAAUCAUUGCGGACCAGGAACACGCAUGGUGGGGUCCAGAUGUGUCCAGAUAUUCUUAUCAGGAUCCCAUGUACUGCGUCCCAUUCCAAUUUACGCAUGCUCCCAUAUCCAACGUCCUGCCGAACGUCAGCCAUGUGUCGGUCCUUGCGACGACGCCCAUUGGAGUUACGACGAAUGGGGUUUCUGUUCGGUUAGCUGCGGUGGUGGCGUUCAGACGAGAAGCGCCAAGUGCGUUGACGCUAAGGAGGCUCAGGUUCCUGAUGAGAAAUGCGUGUCCGAGAAGAAGAUCCUUAAACGCAUUUGCGGACAGGACGUCUGUCCUAAGUGGGGCGUCGGCGAGUGGUCCCCGUGUUCGGUUAACUGCGGCUUUGGUGUACGUAAGAGGCCAUACUGGUGUCAGGUGGGAAAUCAAGUGGUUUCCGAAAAUUAUUGCAGUCAAUUUAGUAUACCGGCAGGUUUGCAAGAAGACUGUAUGGGACCAUGCCACGAGUGGCAUACAGGAGACUGGAGUCCGUGUUCAGUUAGCUGCGGCGAUGGUAUAACCAGACGUAUAGUCACCUGCAAGAAUGCAGACGGUACAUUGAGCAACGAGUGUGAUGCUUCAAAAAAACCGUUGAACGUCACAAGCUGCACGUACAAGCUCUGUCCAAGUUCAAUAGCAACAACAACGCCAAUAACAUAUUCUUCAGAACCUCACAGUGACAGUUUACAACAAGACAAUGAAAUCGAUAGUGGCAACAAAUAUAUUGACAGGAUAACUUUUUACUCGGGUUACAAUUGGCGCACUGUUGCCUACAGUGAAUGUUCAAAACCUUGCGACACAGGAUAUAUGAACGGCGUGGUGCAAUGUGUAUCGGAUGAAACUGGUCACAAAGUUUCUGAUGAUUAUUGUGAUCCAAAAUCACGUCCAUCAUUGACUGUUCAAUGUAAUGCGCAUCCGUGUACCAUUUGGAACACUGGGGACUGGAGUCAGUGCGACAACCAGUGCGGUCGAGGCUUUCAACAUCGACAGGUUCGCUGUCAAAGUCAUCGAGGUGAAACGCUGCCUGACAAAGAAUGUCCUGAAAAGAAAAAGCCUCCACAUGCGAAGAGAUGCAUGAAGUCGUCUUGUCCGAACGUCACAGUUCCUAUUAAGGGUGUUCACAGAUGGAGAGUAUCGAAAUGGAGUCCCUGUUCAAAAACAUGCGGCAAUGGCGUUAAGACACGCAGAGUGGAAUGCACGAUGAGGACCGAAAGCCAAAGUUCCGGUUCCGAGCUUCCGGUUGAGGACGAGCACUGUUUAAAGCGCAGACUUUCCAAGCCGAAAUCACAGAGGCCAUGCCUGCGAGUACACUGUGACUAUACUUGGCAAGAGGGUACCUGGUCCGAGUGUUCGGCUGAGUGCGGCGACGGUAUGCAAAGUCGUACCGUGACCUGUCACAGGGUCAAUCAGUACGGAUGGAUCGACCCGAGCCCUGCCGAAGGUUGUCUAAGCAAUGAACGACCAAGUACCGAACAAACUUGCAAGCUUCGGGAAUGCAACGACAAGUAUCACUGGAUAGCUGGUUCCUGGGAGCAUUGUAGCCAUCCAUGCGGAAGAAGAGGUAGACAGAUACGUAAGCUUUUCUGCCGUGACAAUAACGGAAGAAAUGUAAAUCGCCGUAAUUGUCCGCUUCAAUUUAAACCCCAACGGAAACGAAAGUGCAAUCAACAGCGCUGCGGUUUUUUGUCUUGCGCGGAUGUCAAGAAGAGAUUUAAAUCGGCCAGAGAUGGAGAAUAUAAUCUUUUUGUGGGUGGGAAGAAGAUGAUGAUAUACUGUCACAAUAUGAUUUCUGAUCGGCCACUGGAAUAUCUUACGUUGCCAGCCGGUGCAAGAGAGAAUUAUGCAGAAAUUUAUGACAAAAAAUUGUUGAAUCCGCAUAUGUGUCCUUACAAUGGGCAAAGGAAUGACAGCUGCGCAUGUGCAACCGAUCACGAAAGGAUUUCUGGAAAGACUGACUUUGAGCGUGUUCGAUUGGAUGUCACAAAACUUUACAUUAUCGCCGAUGACUACAGAUUCUCCUCUGGUACGGGUGUGAAACCUGUGGAAUUUGGGAGGGCUGGUGACUGUUACAGUUCAGCCAAUUGUCCUCAAGGUCGCUUCGGUAUUAAUCUUCGUGGAACGUCACUGCGACUAGCUCCUGAGGUCACUUGGGUCAGUCAUCAAGGUAGAACAUUCCUGGACAUCAAUAAAGUCAACGAUCAACAAUUCCUUGGAAAAUGUGGUGGCUAUUGCGGUUUCUGCAUACCAAAACCAGGUCUGAAACUCGAUGUUCUACCUCCUUAGUGGUUGCGCUAUAUUUCUUGUACGUCGCAGACGCCAGGCGCAGACGCAGAAGAAUGCGUGAACGUAGACGGAGAAGUGGUCCGGAGCGAUCCCAGCGCCACCGAACGGUCAAAAGAUCAAAAAGGUAAAGGACACGUCCUGUAUUAAUUGUCAACGUCCACCGCACGAUUUCAGAAGGACAUAUAAAGAAAAGCACAAAACGAAUGUCCGAUUGGCGAAUCUGAGGAGCCAAUAAAGGACCAAUGAGAAAGAAGUAGGACCGAAACUGGCCAAUGAGGAAUCGCCAAGACGAUCGUGUACCAAUCCAAGCCCGCCUAACCUAGCACACCAUUCAUUUUUUUUAUUAUACGCGUUUAUUACUCUAAGUCAUGUUCCGUAAUGGGCCCACCUUGCGUUAUGCGCACUCUGCUGUACAGAUGUCGAAGCUAUUCGUUAAAAUGGCGAUGAAACUUUUGCGCAGCAGUAACAAAAUUGUACAUACCUAUAUGUAUAACUAGAUGGUAAAUAAUUGCGUUCUGGUUCGUUCGUGCGAUACGUAUUUUAUAAUCGCCCGAGCGACUGUGGCGCCGAUGAAUACCGACGGGAAAAUGAAGCAACGCACGUGCGGUGGUGUCGUGAAUUUCGGAUAGUUGUUUGCCCCGCUUGUUCAACGACAAGAGCAACAACAUAAGCAAUAAGUUCGCCUCGUUCACGUGAGCUUCUGGUAUUUUUACGACACCAAAUCAAUAAUAUGCUCUCUUAUAAUCGAAGAAUCCACGUAUCGUCUUCAGCAUAAUGCACUGCCAUAACUUUACGUUCGUGGCGCUGAGUGUCCUCGGACGUCGUAACGUCAGCUAGAAUGCCGAGUUUAUUGCAAUAUUAAUCUGGGACGAAAGUUUGUUUUAUUUUUUGCUCGCCGUUUUAGUGGAGCAACCAACGAGUCGUCUUCGUUAACGUUUAGCUUAUUUUAAUAAGUAAUUAGUUACGUAUGGGCACACGUGUGAGGUUGAGUUUUACACGAAAAUUAGGACAAUGUAAAAGGGCACGAAAAUGGUAUAGACUUUUAUUAUUUUUAGUCGUAAGCUUAUUGUAGGCGCUAGCCUAAGAAUCUCAUAGUGUAUCGUUUAUUAAUGACGUCCGUAUGUUCAGCUGUUCUAGAACAUUUUAAAGGGAUCAUUUUCUUUAUCAGCACAAAACUAUGAAACUAAGUGAAGCCAAGUAAAAGCUUAAAGGUACAUCGAGCUUAUGCUUAUAGAGAUUGAACAUUGAAAUUAUUAAGAGUUAGUGAGUCGCAAGUGAAAAAUAUUGCCUUUGAAAGUUUUUGAGAGGUAAUUUUAUUGCAUUGAAACAGGAGUUACGCCUUUUGAUAUUAAGUACGCCGUUUUGUCUCCGUAUUUGCAGUAAUAACUCAAUCACUCCGAAACUUAUUUUUUUCCCUAUUUAUCACACGUCAAGUUUUCUUCGCAAGAUCAUUGCAACGUUAAAUUUUAUUCAAACGUCAAAUUUGCCCGGAAACGAAAAAAAAUAAAAUAAAAUCUCAAUACUUUGAAAAUUUUCAAAUUCAUUCACACUUCAAUUACGUUUUACCUAAUUCGUUAAUUAAUAAAUACAACACAGCUCGGUUGAACGUUAUACGUGAAAAAAAAGAUAAGCGUACGAAUCUCAUAGAAAAUCAUACAAAACGGAAAGCCUUGUGCAACCUUACGUUUCCGUUUUAAUAAAUAAACUUGUUAGUUAGUCCAAUAUAAAAGAACAAACACUGUCAUCGAUUGGCGAGCAGCUCGAUCAUUCAGACAAAUUUCGUUCCCUUCAAGGAUCACAACCUUUUAUUAAAAAUUUAAAUAAAACGGAUUGUCGUACCUCGCGAGGAAGUUCAUCAAAUACAUUACAGUAGGCGAAUUUUUAAUCGCCACGACAAAGCGGCGAAAAAUCUCAUCGCGCAGAGAUAAGACAAAAAAAUAAAAGCAAACGACCUUUUCUAUUUGAAAAUUACAAAUUCACGGCACGCCAAUGCGCGACAGUGUCGCCAUCGUACGAGCCCGUGGCGAAGCCACAACAAUAUCGUAAGAGUAUAAAGAAUCGUUUCGAUAGACUGCCAUAAUAAUAAUAUUAUUGAUAAUAAUAGUAAUAAAUACAAUAUCAUAAUCAAUAAUGUAUAGUAGUAGAAGAGUAACCACGAUUACGUUACAUAUUAGUUAACUGUCAUUAUCAAUAAGUCGUGUCUCGUACGUAAUCGCCAGAAACGAUGUGUGCCUUUGUUCUAUUUUUUUUUUAUUUUAUAAAAAUACAUAUUAACGUCGUACUUUGAAUGUUUACGUCGAUUUAAGUAACGCGUUAUUGUUUCUCGCACUCGACAGUAACGCGUCAUAUAAUUUCUCGUCUCCUUUAUAAAGAUGUAAUAAUCCAUCGCGAAACUGCCACUAUUGAUUAUAUUAAAAGCUAAGUGAUAACCCGAGCGACGCCGACGGUUGAAAUUUAACGUUUUAACGGUACGGAGAAUUUGGCGCCACGUGAAGAAUUUUAAAAACCUUCAAUAUGACCGCCGUGCGUCUAACGGUGCGAACCAAGAAAAAAAAAAGCGAAGAAAAUUAACUAAACUCUCAUCGCUGCCAAUAAAUAAAUUUACUACCCGACGAGGUAGGAUUUUUAACGGAAUUACUACUUAAAAAAAGAAAAAAGGUUUACGGCCAAUUGCACGAUGUCAAACACCAUUGACAGAGCUUUGACAGUUUUUUUUUUUUCAUUUUGACAACCCAUGUGUACAUAUUGCGCGCAAACGUCAUAUACAUACAUAUAUCGCACGUUAAUGUCUCUUUUAAGGAUCUCUAUGUAAUGCUGGAUAAAAUUGUAUUUCGGUAAAAAAAAAAGAAGAUUUGAAAAUUCUCACCCGUUUUAUUAAAUCAUUCACAUCGUUCAUGGUCAUUGACACUUUACGAUUAUCGUUAAUCGUUAUCGUGCGAAUACUUUGCUAGUUAAACUUUGAAAUUAUUUCUACGACGUACGGAUUAUAUAUAAUAAAUCGUAACGAGUAUUUCUAUAUGUGAACCAGUGUACGUAAAUUAUUAUUUAAAUAUAACAAUUGCUACAGCGUACUAUACCGUGG